UUGUUUUUCAACUAUGGAAUUCGUCGUUGCACUUUCUUUCGCUUUUCUCAUGUUUCCAUUUCCAUCUGCCAUUGGAGCACUGAGCGAGAACUACUACGACGGCAAGUGCCCUCUCAAUGAAUCCAUUAUUACGAACGCAGUCAAGAAAGCGACGUCCAAUGACAAAACUGUCCCGUCUGCCCUACUUCGAAUGCACUUUCAUGAUUGCUUUAUCAGAGGCUGCGAUGGUUCUGUGCUGUUGGACUCCAAAGGAAAGAACAAGGCAGAGAAAGAUGGAGAGCCUAACCGUCCAUUGCAUGCAUUUGAUGUCAUUGACAAUGCGAAGAAAAUGUUGGAAGUCGAAUGUCCGGGCGUCGUUUCUUGUGCCGAUAUCUUGGCCAUGGCCGCCAAGGAUGCGGUUGUUCUGACUGGCGGUCCGUAUUGGGAGGUGCCCAAUGGCAGGAAAGAUGGAAGAAUUUCCUUGGCAAGUGACACCGGACGGUUACCGACUCCCGGAUUUAACAUAUCACAGCUAAAAUGGAGCUUUGGGCAGAAUGGUCUCUCCCAUUUUGAUCUUGUUGCUCUCACUGGUGGGCACACUCUGGGGUUCUCGCACUGCUCUUCUUUCCAAAACAGGAUCCAAAAUUUCAACGCCACCCACGAGAUGGACCCGACGUUGAAUCCAUCGUUUGCGUCCAAGUUAAGGAGGUUGUGUGCGGCACACAACAAGGUGAGAAACGCAGGGGCACCCCUGGAUUCUACCAAUUUUAAAUUCGACAACGCGUACUACAAGCUGCUUCUUAAAGGGAAGAGUCUCCUCUCGUCGGAUCAAGCUUUGCUCACCGACCCGAAAACCAAAGCCUUGGUUUCUAAAUUCGCGUGGUCGCAAAGGGCUUUUGAGAAGGCUUUCGCCAAGUCCAUGACCAAAAUGAGUAGCCUCACCGGUGGGGAAGAGAUCAGGCGAGACUGCAGAGUGGUCAAUUAAAUUUUAAUGCCAGGCGUGGAGAAAGUUGAUUAGUCUUAUAUUUAUGAGUUUCAAGAGUUAUCCAUCAAACCAAUAAAACAGAGAAUAAGGAUGUGAUUUGCCUGC